AUGUCCGAUUCGGAGAACGGGGACGGCAACCCCACAGAAAUGCCAUACUCGCUACCGAUCCGUGGUAGCAACGAUGGCUCGCAGAGCCGCGGUGCGCCAAAUCCCGCACCCGCCGACGCCGACGUUGACGAUCACGUCACCGUCGAAAUCACUCAGGCCGACACUAUGCCUGAGAUCAUGUCGAUGAAGAUGUCUAAAAUCGGACUUCUUGAACAUAAUAUCAACAACCCACGCGCUUGGAAGAUCACUACGACCUACCCUACACUACAAACUGCAAAUAUCGAGAAGAAACAACGUGCCCGGAUGACUCCGAGAAGCACGCACCAACCAAAGAACAUGCUCGCCGCCAAAGAAACUAUGGAAGGAUUCGGGUACGCCCGCUCGGAGCCAACCCCCGACGAUCAAAAAAGACGGGAAACGGAUCAAUUGGUUGAACUGAUGUCCAGUCGAUGGUUGCAGAUUCAUUCGGAGUACAUUAUGCAAGGAUCAGGUGCAUACAAUGAUUACCUGAGAGAGGCCGUUGCCCGAGAGAUUCAACGUCGACCCACAGCAGUUAUGAUCCGAGCAGGAGUGCAUCUUGAUGAGGAUGAAGAGAUGAUGGAUGAUUAG